AUGACAGAAACUGAGUCUCUCACAGAUUUCUAUGAAAGACUAUCUGAUAUAGCUAAUGAAUAUUUUGCUUUGGGUGAAAAAUUGGAAAAUAAUGUGUUAAUUCGAAAAAAAUUUAGAGUGCUUCCUAACAGGUUUCAAACAAAGCUCAUAGCAAUUAAGGAGGAAAAAGAUCUCAACACAAUGAAAGUAGAGGAGUUGAUAAGUUCAUUGCGAACAUUUGAACUCAAUCAACAAAUUCAUCAAAAGGAAAAACCAAGUGCUCCCAAAGAAAAAUCAGUUGUUCUCAAAUCAUCAAAGAUGAAAGAUUCAGAUGAAAAUGAUGGUGAAGAAGAAAUGGCAUUGUUGACCAAAAAUUUUCAAAAAUACAUGAAAAAGACUGGUAACAAAAAAUCCACGUUCAAAUCUUCCAAAGUUCAGGAAGAAAACUCUGAAAGUGAAUCCAGUGAGUCUGAUCUAGAUGAGGACUCUUUGAAAGAAUCACACAAAGAUAUGUAUGAUCAAUGGUUAAAGGUUUGUUCUGAUAAUUGCUUAAUGGAAAAUAAUAACAAAUCCUUACAAAAGAAGAAUGAUGAACUUGAAAAUAGUGUGAAGAAUCUAGAGAAUAAAUUUAUUGCCAAAGAUUGUGAAAUUAAGAGACUAUCAAAUGAAAUUAAUCACAUGGUAAAAGGUGUUAAAAUUCUUAUUCCAAAUUCUAGGAUCUUGGAUGAUGUUAUUGGUGCAGGACAAAAAGCUGGUAAUUUUUCUAGAUUAGGAUCUGAUGGUUUUAAAUUAAAAGGUAGAACCAUUUUUGUGAAAUCUGGCAUUCAUUUUGGGUCAACCACUAAUGCCUAUGCAGGUGAUGCAAAUAUUCUCACAAAUUUCAAAUCUUUGAAAUGUGGUGUUGUAACUUUUGGUGAUGGUAUGUCAGGUAAUAUUGUUGGAAAAGGUACCCUAAGUCUUGAUGGAUUACCAACAUUGAGAAAUGUUUUGCUUGUUGAGGGCCUUAAGGAUAAUUUAAUUAGCGUAAGUCAAAUUUGUGAUCAAGGCUUCAGAGUAAAUUUUUCUCAUGAUGAUUGCAAUGUUAUUGAUCAAAAUGAAGAAAUUGAUAGGUUCAUUGCCGAAACCUCUCAGAUGAAAUCUCCUGCUGUGACAAUAAGUGAUGUUGCGCCAUCUUAUACAGAAAAAGUUGCAAUAGAAGCUGAAUCUGUUCCAACACCUUCUGAAUGA